GAUGACAGUUACUCAUCUAGUUUAUCAUACUUUUAAAUAUGACAUAUUUUUUCAUUAAUACGUCAACCUUUCACACAUUUUACAAUAAUUUUACUUCGAAUUGGUGAUAUUUAAAAUAAGAAAUAAUGAAAUAUAGUAAUACCAUAUUCUGGUAACAGAUCAAAUGGAUGUUUUCAUAAACGCCUUCAUUUAGUUAUGUAUAUUGAUUUUAUCGCAGGAUGGUUAGGUGGUAUGAUUGGAGUGAUCAUAGGACAUCCCUUGGACACCAUAAAAGUAAACCUCCAAACCAGAGGUUCUACUAACCCUCAUUAUCAUGGUCUGAUGACUACAGUAAUACGUCUGUUGGAUAAGGAUGGAGUUAAAGCGUUAUAUCGCGGCGUAUCUAGUCCAUUAGUGGGUCUGGGUGUAAUGAAUGCUGUAUUAUUUGGGAUAUAUGGUAGCGUUUUAAGAAUGAUGCCUGACCCAGAUUCAUUAUUGGCAAUAAGCGUAGCUGGAACUGCUUCGGCUAUACCGACUGCUGUUGUUAUCAGUCCUGUCGAGAUGACGAAAAGUAGGAUACAGGUAGCUGGAAGACAAGCGGGCAGAAACCCCUUAGAUUGUUUACUAAUAUUGCUCCGAAAAGAAGGCAUUUUUAGAGGAGUUUUUAAAGGACUGGGGAUAACUAUGUGCCGAGAAAUUCCAUCGAACGUAUCAUAUUUUGCAGUUUAUGAAUCUCUAAUGCCAGAAGAUCAAACACAUUUAAUGUUUCAUCAGUUCAUUGCUGGUGGUACUGCAGGUGUGGUAUCGUGGGUAGUACCAUAUCCUGUAGAUGUUAUUAAGUCAAAGAUCCAAGUAGAUGGAGCUCGAGGAAUAAUUAAAUAUUCAAGUUUAAUGGAUUGCAUAAACCAAACCAUUGAAUUGGAGGGUUAUAAAGGGUUUUAUCGUGGCUUACUGCCAACCGUGAUAAGGGCGUUUCCUGUGAAUGGCACUACGUUUCUUUUCGUCCAUUUAAUCUUGAGGUGGUUCAAGGCUGACGAUCAUGUUUCACAUGCACAGCUUCCGGAUGUCAAAGAGACUUCAUAUGUUCCUAGAAGAUAUUAAACCUUUCGAAGUUUAAAUAUGUUUUAAUGUUAUUACUUAUUGAUAUUUUAUAGUACGGUAUUGUAAAUACCUAUAUUGUAAUUUAUAUUUAAUAAACUGAUUUGAUUAUUA